CGCCGUGGUUCGAGACACUCUCUCGCGUCGCGUUGGAUCGUCGUAGGACCUGUGGCGCUGUUACUGUUUAGUCGUCAUCGAGAGUAUGUAAAGAAGGAGUGGAGCGUGGUUCACACACGUUUGCUAGUACGGGAACGAUCGAUUUGAUGAGUGAGACAUUGUGAAAAGUGACUCCAUUUGUUUGCGUGCAAAGUGUUUGGCUUUGGGCCUUAAGAACGUGAAAGACGAGGAGGUAACGGUGAAAGUGUAACUGAUAAUCCGGCUAUCCGGCUAUCCGGCUUCGGGGACCAUUCCGGGGGACCUUUUCGGAUCGUAAAUCGCGCUCGCUCGCCACUUGUUGGGUAAACAUUUUUGUCAGGACCAAAAGGAAGCAACAUCCGGGACGCUAUCCGGGACUAGAGGUCCGGUCACCAGCGGGCGACUUCUCGGCUACCGUGGAGUGGUACCCGGUGACAAACACACACAUAUACAUUGCAUGGAGUGGUAAAAUGGAUCUAAUAUCGUUGCCACCCUGCUCCCGACGCUUGGAAUCGAUGACGCUGAUGGCGACGGCGACGGCUGCAACGGUGUCGGAGCAACCGACGCUCGUCCUGUCCCCUGCCUCUAGCUCGGCGAUUAAAAUCUCGACCACUUUCCUAAAGACACCCGUCAAGACGGACCAGGAGAUUCUGCAAAACUCGAUGCUGGAGGAUGACCCCAACUCCAACACCAUUCUGGCCGGAUCCGGCGUCCCUGGUACGGACGGCGACAAGCGAGAGCAGCACGUGAAGCGACCACGCUGGGGUCCCCAGCACAAGGGAGCGCAGGAGCUGGCGAAGCUGUACAGCAGUGGCAAACGAACCCAGGAGCUUGUCUGCGUCUACAUCUGCAUCACGCUGAUGGUCCUGAAUCUUGCUCUCAUCCUGCGUCACUUUCGAUUCGAGCGCAUCAGCAAUGUUGUGGUGGCUGCCAUUUUUGGCAUACUAACAGCGGACUUUGGGUCUGGCCUGGUGCACUGGGGUGCCGACACGUGGGGUUCGGUAGAUCUUCCGAUCGUGGGCAAGAAUUUUCUAAGACCCUUCCGGGAGCACCACAUCGAUCCGACCUCCAUCACGCGCCACGAUUUCAUUGAAACGAAUGGCGAUAACUUUAUGGUGGCACUGCCGAUCCUUGGCAAGCUGGCGUGGAACUUUUUCACGCGAUCGAACGCCGAAAUCCAGCAGGAUUACGCGAUUAGUGCGUAUCUGUUUCUCUGCUCGAUCUUUAUCGCCAUGACAAAUCAGAUUCACAAAUGGUCCCACACGUACUGGGGCCUGCCCGGCUGGGUACUGUUCCUGCAGAGGCAUCACAUCAUCUUACCGAGACGCCACCAUCGCAUCCAUCAUGUGGCGCCACACGAAACCUACUUCUGCAUAACGACCGGUUGGCUCAAUUGGCCGCUGGAGAAGAUAAAAUUCUGGUCCACGUUGGAGGCGAUAAUCGAGCUGUCGACGGGCCACAAACCACGAGCCGACGAUCUAAAGUGGGCGCAGAAGCGAGCCUGAUCCGGUGGAACGUUCGCACCGCGCAGGCAACCACGGUCCACAAGCACCUCAGUGUUGGAACUGUUUCGAGUGAUAAACAUAGCACUUUGCUGAGCUCAUACUCGCUAGCCACGUAGAGAAUCAAGCGUACAGCCACUGUAACUUACAUAGGAGCAGCACAAAAAAAAAACAUCCAUUGAAGCCACGGAAGAGAUGCUUCGGCACCAAUCAUACAGCAUUGCAUAGCGCUAUCGCAAGACUUUGGAAAGUUUUUAUAAAUAUAAAAGAACUUUUUUAGGGUUUACAUGUACACGAGGAGGAGGAGGCGAACAACCUACACUGACCAAUCGAUUGUAGUUUAGCGGUCGCUCCGAGUGGUAGUACCUAUAUUAUCCAGACCAACAGGCAAAAAGGCAACAUGGAAAGAGCGAUAGAGAGAAAGACAGAGAAAAAGAGAGAGAGAGAGAGAGUGUGAAAGGGGAGGGGGAGAAAAAAAGAAAGAAAGGGUGAUCAUUGUUGGCAGAGAGUUAGUCUGUCAGGAGAACUUUAAUAGAAACACCUUUUUACAAACUCUUUACAGCUCUAAGCGACAAUUGGCAUGCUGUUUUAAGUAUACACUUGAAUGUGCAAGGGGUAUGAAGGGGAUAUUAAGAUAGUGUAGCUUUGACACUUUUGUACUAGCGUAGUUUUGUUCGAUUUCGACAACACCGAGCACAAAAGCGAUUGCGCGAUUGAAUAGCAGUCGAACAUAUGAAGUCAUUAGUAGAUUCCGCAUAAACAUACCAGUUUUUUUUACAAAAAUAAUUUUGUUUUUGUUAGAAAAGCACAACCGCUGACUUUGUUAUUGUUUGAUAAACACAAAACCAACCGGCAAACGUUCCAAACUUUACCAACUUUGGUAUUCACAAGCGUCAAACUGGUUAACAGUAUACGAUGUAGCUGACACAGAUGUCUAUUUAUUUUAGUCAACGACCAAAGGUGUCAGAUAUUUCACCAGUGCGCAAUUACAUACACACUUGUUUCUCACUCCACAUACAACGCUAGCUCGAAGUACCAAUAAUAACGAAAAAGGACAUUUGAUUACACACGCUAAUGAAAGUCCGGGUUUUCAACAUUGGAAACAGCCUUAACAUGCAUCUUCGCAACGCAUCAUCACAAAUUUUGCAGAGCAAAUGAUCCUUAUGGUGCCUGAGUAUUUGAUCUAUUUGUAAAAAGCAAAUACAAACAAGUAGAUUUGAGAAUGGAUUUAGCAAGCACAACGUACAAUAUGACGCACCGAGCAACUUAAACGCUUAAUAAUCUCAAUUAUUGAAAUUAUUUUCAGAAAAAACACAUUUACACAAAGAAAGCUCAAACCGAUUUGUGUUAAAAAGCAGGAAUAGUGUGUACAGAAAUAUGGACAACCUGGAAUGCAACUGACGUGUGUACAAACAGGAGAACGUCGCUGCAGAAAUAGCUGGGGUGGCAUGAAACACUAGCAAAGAAAUGUGUAAUCAUCAUAAAGCAUUUACAGAUCGUUUACAAUCGUAUGCUGCGUAUAAGUUUUGUUAAGCGUGAAGAGCGCAUGUUGGUAGCUUAAGGAAUACUUAAUAUUAGAUGAUGGAGUUUAG